GUUAUAUGAUGCAUGAUAUGUUGAUUUCUUUCUAGUGUUAUGUAAUGUUAUGCAAGAUGUUUCUGUGAUGUAUUUAAGUGAGUGCUUGUUCAGUUUUAAGAAGUUUUUAACUUAUUGAUAAAAUAGUUCGUUGAUUCUUGUGAGACCUCUCUUUACCUUUCCUUCUCAGUCACUACGAAAAGAUAGAAAACAAGACAAUGUCAAAAAGCUUUCAAAGUGAAGCUAAGGAUUUCAAUGAAGAAAUGAAGCUAACACAAAACACAGCCUAUGAAGCAGUAGUAAAGACUGAUACUAGUACUGAAGAAGCAAUGUACUCAGAUCUUCAUGACUACUCAGAUCAUCAGCUACCAAAAGCUAAUGUUAAGGAUACCAAACCUCCUCAACAACCAGUGCAGUAUACUGUAGGAAAGAAGUCAUUUGCUGCAAUAAUAAUUCUACUGGUGAUCAUAAUAUUCCUAUUGGUAGCUAUACUUGUACUUAACUUAAUAUCAAAAGAUACCUUCAUGAGUACAUGUACAAGUGAUACAAGCAGUAAUAGUGCUGGCCUCACUAAUAGUGGUAAUACUGCUAUUAACAGUAACCUGUCACUGAUACAGGAUACAAUGAAUAGCAUAAUUCAACAGAUUAUGGUACAUGCUAAUAAUACCAACAGGUCUACAGAUGAACUACUUCAAUUACUGAACACUAGUCUUAUUAAAGAUAUCAGUAUACCAACUGCUGCUGCUGUUAAUGAUGUACUACUAAUAGUCAAUGAACUACAGAAUGGGUCCUUUUUGUUUAAUUCCAUUCGACCUGUUUCUUGUAAAGAUAUUAAAGUAGCUCAUCCCAACAAUCCUUCUGGUUACUAUCAUGUUAACAGUCGCAAUAUGUACUGCAAUAUGGGAGAGCUGUGUGGACAAGAUGGAGGAUGGACAAGAAUAGCUUAUCUUGAUACGACUAUGAACUGUCCUUCUGGACUUCAAAAAUUGAUGACUGGAGGCAUUAGAGUUUGUAGGAGAGAGGGUAAUUCUGCUGGUUGUAGGUCUAAUGUAUUCCAAACAAAUGGUAUCAGUUAUAGUCAAAUAUGUGGUAAAGUGGUUGGAUAUCAAAAGGGAACAACUGAUGCUGUUCGAACUAACAACAAUAAUAUUGAUAGUGCUUAUCUUGAUGGAGUCAGUAUCACACGUGGGUCACCUCGUCAACAUGUCUGGUCUUAUAUGGCUGGGCAUCAGUCAAAUAUCAAUUCAAGAGAGCACUACUAUUGUGAGUCAGGUAUAAAUGGUAAUCCAAAUGGUAACUCCAUUUAUAUUGCUGAUCCAUUGUGGGAUGGAAAUAACUGUCCUUCAUAUGAAGCUCCUUGUUGUAAUGGUACUGGUCUUCCAUGGUUCUUCAGAGAUUAUGGUAAUGCUACCAUUACUGAUUACAUUGAACUGAGGGUGUGUGGGAAUGAGGUAUGGAGCAAUGAAGAUACUCCAGUUCAAUUGUAUGAGAUUUAUGUCAAGUAAAGGAACAAUUAAUAAUUAUAAGUAGUGCAUUGUCUUUGUUAGUAGUUAGUUUUAUAGAACAUUGUCAUUAGUAAAACACAUAAUAAUUAUUAUCAAGAGUAAAUAAUCAUUACCUAUUCUAUCUUGUUAUUAGUGUGUAAACAAUAG